AUGGUGCUAGACACAUGCAAAGGAGCACGUGUGGGAUGCUAUCAUGAUGGUAAGAGAACCAAGUUCUUCUGUGAGUGCCCCAGCUGGAAAAUCUUCGGCGGUCGUGAUCUUGGCUGCCAGGACGUGGACAUUUGCCGCCAUCGGUACAGCACCAAGUGUGCCCUCUUUCCAACAUGCACGCUACUGCCGGGCACCUUGAACUACAACUGCGCAUGUCUGCCCGUGCUGACGCUGUCGAAUAACGGAUCCACCUGCCAGCAGAUAAAUGAAUGUGCGAUGAGUACCUCGCUGUGUGCAAUGAACGAAAUCUGUGUUGAAACGUUGGCAAGUUAUUACUGUACUUGCAAAUCAGGAUACUACCGAGGUGGUGGGAAAUGCACCAACGCCAAUGAAUGUGAGGUUGCUGGAUUCACACCCUGUGGAACAAAUGAGGUGUGCAUUGAUUCACCAGGGUCGUACACAUGCCAAUGUUCAAACGGAUUCUCAGGAUCUGGGAGAACAUGUUCGGAUGUCAAUGAGUGUUCUACAACCGGUAGCAGUGCUGUCACAUGUCCACAGAACUCAACUUGCGGAAAUACAAUCGGUUCGUAUGAGUGUAGGUGUGAUGCUGGCUUCCAGGAUAUUCUACAACCCACAUCGACAACAUCUCCUCGUUGUGAAAACAUUGAUGAAUGCUGUAAUGGCCAGGCUACGUGCUCUGCUGAUAUGCUAUGCAAUGAUACCGUGGGAUCAUAUCAAUGUCUGUGCAAAACCGGAUUCCGCUGGCAAGGAUCUGGGAGAACAUGUUCGGAUGUCGAUGAAUGUUCUACAACCAGUAGCAGUGCUGUCACAUGUCCACAGAACUCAACUUGCUUAAAUACAAUCGGGUCAUAUGAGUGUAGGUGUGAUGCUGGCUUCCAGGAUAUUCUACAACCCACAUCGCCAACAUCUCCUUGUUGUGAAAACAUUGAUGAAUGCCCUAAUGGCCAGGCUGACUGCUCUGCUGAUAUGCUAUGCAAUGAUACCGUGGGAUCAUACGAAUGUUUGUGCAAAACCGGAUUCCGCUGGCAAGGAUCUGGGGGAACAUGUUCAGAUGUCGAUGAAUGUUCUCCAACCAGUAGCAGUGCUGCCACAUGUCCACAGAACUCGACUUGCUUAAAUACAAUCGGGUCGUAUGAGUGUAGGUGUGAUGCUGGCUUCCAGGAUAUUCUACAACCCACAUCGCCAACAUCUCCUCGUUGUGAUAACAUUAAUGAAUGCUGUAAUGGCCAGGCUGACUGCUCUGCUGAUAUGCUAUGCAAUGACACCGUGGGAUCAUACCAAUGUCUUUGCAAAAUCGGAUUCCGCUGGCAAGGCAAAGAUGACGUUUGUGAAAAUAUCAACGAGUGUCAAACAUCUGCUGAGAAUCCCUGUACGGACACAUCACAGUGCAUUGACACCGAGGGAUCAUUUGUGUGCAUGCCAACUUGGCGUGGGGAAGCUCUCUUCUCAUCGCCGACAUCCAGCACAGCAGGUGAUGGCACUGCAACCACCACGGCAGCUGUUCAAAUCGCCACGCUGGCUGUGGGAACUGUACUGCUCAUUUGUGCCAUCGCGAACCUUCUCGUCGCCAGCAAGGUUAGGAAACAACAGCAGUGCGACGAGAGAAUGCGCUUAGAAAAUACGAAGCGCGGUCACGAGGUGCACGCACGGCUGGACAAUACCCUAGCUGAAUCUUCUACAUCAAUCAUCAACACUGGAUCCAUCUCUGCUCGUUAUUGCAACAGUAUUCGGGAUGGGCUCUCCAACACAAAAUCUUACAAGGCGCGAUUCCAGGACAGUUCACAGCAAUGUGGCUCGGUGGACGACUACACAUGCAGCUUUCACCCGAACACGGGCAUACCACAGGGUGAUGAGCACAACCUACAUCUGGAGACCAUCAUGAAUUAUACUGGCUUCGACCAAUCGGACUACGACCACCUGGGCAGUGAGAACACAUGCCCAUCGCAUCGCAUUCCCGAGGAAACCGAGUCUUUAUCAGACACUGCAGUAGAAUCAUUCCAUCAUCUCCAGUGCUAGAUCUAGACCAGGCACAUUGCGCAUUUCCAAACAUUCAACGCAAUAUUAUUAUGAUUAUUAUUAUUAGCUACAUCCAUGCUGGAUGGAUGCAGCUAAUGGGAUUUCGGUCUUUGACCACUUGACCACUCUACUCACCUCCCACCGUUUAGGCGCUGCAUCUGCACCUUUGAUCAUAGAGGGUGGUGGCGUUCCCACGGCGGAUUCGGAAAACUCGGCGAACCGUGAAAUUUUUAGUUUUUUUAUUAUUUAUUAUUAUUAUAAACCCUAUCGGGUGUUAGCGGCCGUCGUGAGUUCCCUUUGGGAACGGACACGAUAAUUUACUUUUUUGUUUUGUUUGUAUUAUUAUUAUUUCCGUAAAACUCUCAGACUCCAUUGCAGCGUAGUUUUCACAUCGGAAAAUAUCUCCAUUGCACACCGUACAUAACAGGCUCUCAGCUGCACCGAAUAGAUUUACUUAUGCCAAUAUUUCGCCCAUUGGGCAUCAUCAGGGCAUCCAUGCAAAAGAAGAGGCAAGCGCCAACAUAAUAUACUCAGCAAACAACGCUGAGCAAUAACACAAUGCAUAAAAGCCAGCACUUGCCACAUGGAAGGAAGAAUGAGGAACGAGCAGGAAUGAGGUGCUUAUGCGCAUGCAUCUACAGAAUAGGCGAAAUAGAAAAUAUCACAACAGUCCUAAAAAUGAAAGAACGGU